AUGGCCCUCGUGUUCGAUAUCCUGGCACUGGUGCUGGGCGCGGGGAUCACAAUGGCCGGACUGCCGUACCUAUGCCGAUUUUUGGGGAGACUGCUGGGCGGGAACAUUAAGAGCAGAGCUCAACAACGACGGGAAUUGCUCCUCCACCGAGCAGACAAGGAAGACGAUGAGCAGAAGCAGAGCAAAGCAGCGUCCUCCACGAAUCCAUCCUCGUCGACCUCAUCCGACGAUGACUGGGAGAAGGUCAACGAGGAGCAGGCUUCUGGCACGAAAAAUACCGUGGACAACACCUUCACCGGCAUAGUUGGCUUCUUCCACCCCUUCUGCAAUGCCGGAGGCGGCGGCGAACGUGUCCUUUUCGCCGCCAUCCUCGCAACUCAACGCCGCUAUCCCAAGGCCCUCUGCCUCGUCUAUACCGGCGAUCACGACGCCAGCAAAGACCAGAUCCUCACCAACGUCCGGAACCGCUUCAAUAUCCACCUCAACCCUGCUCGUGUCUGCUUCCUGUACCUCAGUACUAGGGACUUUGUGCUAGCGAACAAGUAUCCUCACUUCACACUCCUCGGACAGUCCUUGGGGUCAUUAGUCUUGGGCUGGGAUGCGUUCAACCUGCUCGUACCGGACAUCUUGGUGGACACAAUGGGGUACGCCUUCGUAACCGCCCUCUCCAGAUGGCUCUUUCCCUCAGUACCCACAGGCGCCUAUGUCCACUACCCAACCAUCUCAACCGACAUGCUCAAAUCCCUGCACUCGUCAACAACCUCCAACCAAGGCCUAAACGCUGGCUCGGGCUCGGGCGCCAAAGGUCGUGCCAAACAGAUUUACUGGGAACUCUUCGCCAAACUCUACAGCUGGAUGGGCGGGAAUAUAGACGUGGUCAUGACCAAUAGCAGCUGGACUCAAAAUCACGUCUCGCAACUCUGGACACCUACGCGGACGAAGAGGCGGAAACGGCAUCCGAUUUCUGUUGUCUAUCCUCCUUGUGCGGUCGAAGAGCUGGUGGCGAAGAUACCCGUAGAUGUGGAGAGCGAGAGGACACGAACGACAGAUCUGCUGUGUAUUGCGCAGUUUAGGCCCGAGAAGAUGCAUGGUAUUGUCAUCGAUGCCUUUCAUGCUUUCCUCAAGAACCAUUCACAUCUGUGGGAGAACACGAAGAGGCGGAAACCGAAUCUCAUCCUUGUUGGUUCUGUGCGCGAUGACCAGGAUGAGAAGAGGGUUUACAAGCUUCGAUUACAGGCACAGGCGAUCAAGGAUUCGGUGCAGUUCGUGGUCAAUGCCAAGUGGCCGCAGAUUCUGGACUUCCUCAAGACUUCCAGCGUAGGUGUUAACGGGAUGUGGAAUGAGCAUUUCGGCAUUGGAGUAGUGGAAUAUCAGGCUGCUGGACUCAUUUCUGUGGUCAAUGAUUCAGGAGGGCCGAAGGUGGACAUCGUUGUUCCUGUUGAUGGAGGACCCACUGCUCGCCUUGCAGGAUUCCAUGCAACAACGGUAGAAGAAUUCGCAAGUGGUUUCGCCAAAGCGAUGGAGCUAGACGAUGACGAGGCUUUUGCCAUGCGCUUACGGGCGAGGAAGAGCAGUUGGCGGUUCUCGGAGCAGGUCUUCAGUGAAGCAUGGACCAAGCACCUACAGUUUCUAGUUGAGCUAGCUGGUCCGUCUGAUGGUACGGAGAAAUGCUGA